AUUCCACCACAGAUGAUGAUGGAGCUUUCAUUUUCUGCUGCUCUUUUUCUAGACUAUAUUCUCCGAAAAUUCUUUGGAUUUUGGUUUUAAACUAUUCCCAGUGAGGUGUUCUUCUCGUGGGUCUUAGAUAUUAGUUUCGAAGGUCCACAUCAUAGAUUUCUGCCGCUUAACUCGACUUUCUAUUGGUACCCGAAUUUAGUCAUAUUAUUCAUAUCAUAGUGGAAAUAUUUUCAAGCGUCUUUGGAAAGGAUUUAUGUCCAACAAAUCUGUUUUGUAUCACCUAAGUAACAUGUUCUGAACCACGUCAUACCUCACACUUCGUCUUGACACCUUUGAAGACACAAGGAAGACUUUUUCGCUUAAGACUGUGACCGUUUCAGCAUUUGCAUGACCGCACAUCCCUGACGCAUCUGCAGAGGACAAGACUGCGGCAAUGGAGAGCAUUUCAAACGAAAGUGACUUUUGGCAAUUUAACGAAUCCUGGAGGAACUCGAGUGUCGAUAACGGCACCGGUUGGUCGAAUCAGACGAACCCUCUCAAGCGGAAUGAAGAAGUGGCGAAGGUGGAGGUGGCUGUUCUGGCACUGGUGCUGUUUCUGGCGCUGACGGGGAACCUGUGCGUCCUGCUGGCCAUCCACACCACGAAGCACAGCCAGUCUCGCAUGUAUUACUUCAUGAAGCACCUGAGCAUCGCCGAUCUAGUAGUGGCGAUAUUCCAAGUUCUCCCUCAGCUCAUCUGGGACAUUACAUUUCGGUUCUACGGACCAGACAUGCUGUGCAGGUUGGUGAAAUACCUACAGGUCGUCGGGAUGUUCGCCUCCACUUACAUGCUCGUUUUGAUGUCCGUGGACAGGUGUCUGGCAAUUUGUCAGCCUCUUCGUUCUUUGCACAGGAGGAAAGACCGUGUCUAUGUCAUAUGCUCGUGGGUCCUGAGUCUGCUGUUCAGCAUUCCGCAGAUGUUCAUUUUCUCCCUGAUCGAGGUGGGCUCGGCCGGAUCAGGAGUGUACGACUGCUGGGGCGACUUCGUAAAGCCUUGGGGGGCCAAAGCUUACAUCACAUGGAUGAGUCUCACCAUAUACAUCAUUCCAGUGGUGAUACUGAGCAUUUGCUACGGUUUGAUAAGCUUCAAAAUAUGGCAAAACUUUAAACUGAAAACUAGGCGUGAGCAGUGUAUUAGCCUGACGCCCAAAACCUCCAAAUGCAACACACUGACUCGCGUGAGCAGCGUUAAGCUCAUCUCCAAGGCGAAGAUCACCACGGUGAAAAUGACUUUUGUCAUAGUCGUGGCCUAUAUCGUCUGCUGGACCCCUUUUUUCUCUGUUCAGAUGUGGACUGCGUGGGAUUCGGCAGCACCCCGUGAGGCUCUGCCCUUCAUCAUCUCCAUGCUGCUGGCAAGCCUCAACAGCUGCUGCAACCCCUGGAUCUACAUGUGCUUUGCUGGGCAUCUGUUCCAGGACCUUAGGCAGAACUUUCUGUGCUGUUCCACUCGCUACCUCAAGUCAUCCCAGUGCAGCUGUGAGCGUGACUUUGACUCCAGUCACAAGAGCAACUCCUCAACCUUUGUGAUUAAAAGCACGAGCAGUCAGAGGAGCAUCACACAGACUUCCACCACAUAAGCACUCAUCCUGCGUUGGCUUCUUUUUCUCGAGCUGCCCCGCCUGUCACCAAUCUCGUCGGCCAUAAAAUAUCCAGCGGUUCUUUCAGUUACCUCUUGCCCUGGAGCUAAAUGUUCAAACUCUCUAGAAAACUAAAACUUUUGUUUGUUGCUUCACAGUACCUUACACUGUAAAAUGCGAUAAAAUAAAGAUGUACAGAAUAUUGUUAAGGAUGUGAUGUAUGCUUAAACGCAUACAAUAUAAUAAUGGACCAGGCUGAGCAAUCAAUUGAACCUUUUUGUUUGUUUGUUUGUACAUUAUUGUUGUAUAUAUUUACAUAUUUGCAGUGCAGAGAAAUGUAAUAUAAGCAAAUAUCUCCAAGCACUUUCAACAGUGGCCAACUUUGUUACUGAUUCAAUUGUUGUCAUCAGCAAAGCUUAUUGAUCCUGUUUGUUGUGUUAUGAGUACAUUUCUCCCUAGUUAAACGUAUUGUAUAUUAUAUUGUUCGUUUUCUUCAUUUUCAAUUAAUUGCAUACAUGUAAACUGUUACUUGAGAUAUUGUUAGAUGUGGUAAGUCAUGGCUGUCGCCGUUAUGGAUUAUUAAAAAAGUUGAAACAUAAAUAAAAAGCAAAACCAGCACAAAUGCCCA